ACACAAUCCUGGCCGAUGGAAAGUUGGCCUGCGUGCUGCUGCCAUAGGAAUUUCAACGGGGAUAUAAGUAUAAGAACGCGGAGACGGGGAGUCGUUCGCGGUAGUGUGAGGCACAAACGCGCCACGGCCACCACACCUAGUGCACCCACAAUUGCGACGAGGGACAACACGGCCAUGCGCGUCGCAGUGAUCUUUUUGGCGUGCGUCGCCGCAUGUUCGGCACAGUUUCCAGAAGGGCAAAAAGGGGCGCCGAUCCCUGUACGAGCGAAUCGUUAUCAAAAAUUACCACCUCAAUCUCUUCGGCCAAAUGCUGGUCCACCUGCCUUCUCUAAUCAGCGGCUUCGUCGACCAAUCAGCUUCAAACCUCGUGGACCUGGGGACGACACACCCGCUACAUUCCGUCCACUUCGACCGAAUUUGCCGGCGACCGCGCCGAUAUUCUCGCAUAAUGUGAAGCCGGUGAACGAAGUGCCCGAGGACGAGGAGGUGUCGCGCGAUUCCAUCCGCGACGAUGAGGAUCUAAGCCAGGAACCGAACAGCGAGGAAGAGGUGAGCGAGGAAGUGCCACGCGUGCCACCACCGGUGCGACCGCUCGGCGCCCCGGCAUCGCCGACUCCUGGACCACCAGCGUAUCGUCCACCCCAGGUGACAGUCACGCCGACGAGCGUUGCCCGGCAAACCUUCGCGACGUCAUCCCCACAGCCCGUUCAGUAUCGUCCAACGCAGAAACCCACGAAAGCCCCGAGGAAGCAGAUCGUCGACGAUGUCGCAUUCAGGCAACCGAUCAAGCCGCCGCCUAAGCCGGUGAAACCGUCCCAGGCUUUCGAGAUUCGCGGCAAGAAGCCGGUAGCGCAGAUUAUCAGGAGAUAUCAACACGACAACGAGGACGGUUCCAUCACGUGGGGCUUCGAAAACGACGACGGGUCGUACAAGGAGGAGACGAUCGGCGUGGAUUGCAUAACGAGUGGCAAAUACGGAUACAUCGAUCCGGACGGACUCCGACGCGAAUACACGUAUGAGACCGGGAUCAAGUGCGAUGAAGAACAACGCGAGGAGGAGGAGGAGAACGGUUUCGUGGAUUACCAGGAGAACAAGCUGGUACUUCCAGACGGAAAGACCAUCGAUCUCUCGUCAAUGGGCAAAAAGCAGGCGCGCCGGCCUCAAUUUCAGUACAGAAAUUAAGAGAAGAGAUUAACUCGCGUUUCCAUGCACACUCGCCAUCGUUCUCGUCGC